UCCAGAUUGAUGGACCUGUUGGCAGACUCUAGGGAGGUGAUUCGCAAUGAUGGCUUAUUGCUGCUUCAACAGCUGACAAAAAGCAAUGCUGCCAUUCAAAAAAUUGUGGCCUUUGAAAACGCAUUUGAACGUCUUCUAGAUAUCAUCACAGAGGAGGGCAGCAGUGAUGGAGGUAUUGUGGUGGAGGACUGUUUGCUCCUGCUGCUCAACCUGCUAAAGAACAACAGCUCCAAUCAAAACUUCUUCAAGGAGGGCUCCUACAUCCAGAGGAUGAAGCCCUGGUUUGAGGUCGGGGACGAUAACUCUGGUUGGUCCGCACAGAAAGUCACCAACCUCCACCUCAUGCUGCAGUUGGUGCGCGUCAUGGUGUCUCCAGUGAACUCUCCUGGAGCCACUGCCAGCUGCCAGAGGUCCAUGUACCAGUGUGGUCUGCUGCAGCAGCUGUGCACCAUCCUCAUGGCCACUGGUGUGCCUGCUGACAUCCUCACCGAGACCAUCAACACCGUGUCCGAGGUUAUCAGAGGCUCGCAGAUCAACCAGGACUACUUUGCCUCCGUCAACGCUCCGUCAAAUCCACCAAGACCAGCCAUCGUGGUGCUGCUCAUGUCCAUGGUGAAUGAGAGGCAGCCAUUUGUGCUUCGCUGUGCUGUGCUCUACUGUUUCCAGUGUUUCCUCUACAAAAACCAGAAAGGACAGGGGGAGAUAGUGGCUACACUGCUGCCCUCCACCAUCGAUGCUAACUCCAUCUCAGCGGGCCAGCUGCUGUGCGGAGGCCUGUUCUCAGCAGACUCUCUGUCUAACUGGUGUGCCGCUGUGGCAUUGGCUCACGCCCUGCAGGACAACCUCACUCAGAAGGAGCAGCUGCUGAGGGUCCAACUCGCCACCAGCCUGGGAAAGCCCCCUGUCUCCCUGCUGCAGCAGUGCACCAACAUCCUCUCGCAGGUAGGACAGCAGUGUUUGAAAUUUGGUUCCUGUUUGAAGGAGAUGUUAAAUUGAGAUGUGUGUCUCGCU